AUGGUGCACAUCAACCGCGUAGCUACCUUCAAGGAGAUUUCCGAGGAGAAGGCUCAAUUCGACGACAUUGCUACUGCAAGCACCAUCAACUUGAGCCCAGACGAUGAGGUUGAUGACUUUACUGCCACCGUCUAUGGUAGCAAGUAUGCUGCUGAGGACCUACCAAAGUACGAGAUGCCGGAUCGAGAAAUGCCCCCUCAGGUGGCCUACCGAAUGAUCAAGGAUGACCUCACACUCGACGGAACACCAACGCUGAACUUGGCCUCUUUCGUCACUACAUACAUGGAGGAGGAAGUUGAGAAGCUCAUGGUCGACGCCUUCUCCAAGAACUUUAUCGAUUACGAAGAAUACCCAGUCAGCGCCGACAUCCAAAACCGAUGUGUCUCUAUGAUUGCGAGACUUUUCAACGCUCCAAGCACAGAUGAUGCAAACAUUAUCGGUACUUCGACGAUUGGAUCUUCCGAGGCCAUCAUGCUGGGAGUACUGGCCAUGAAAAAGCUGUGGCAAAAUAAGCGAAAAGCAGAGGGAAAGCCAUACGACAAGCCCAACAUGGUUAUGAACUCGGCUGUGCAAGUUUGCUGGGAGAAAGCGUGCCGAUACUUCGACAUUGAAGAGAAAUAUGUCUACUGCACAGCUGAUCGUUAUGUCAUCGACCCCAAGGAAUGCGUAGAUCUGUGCGACGAAAACACCAUCGGCAUAUGCGCAAUUCUCGGAACAACAUACACUGGCGAAUACGAAGAUAUCAAAGCCAUCAAUGAUCUUCUAAUCGAGCGAGACAUUGAUGUCAACAUCCACGUCGAUGCUGCUUCGGGCGGCUUUGUCGCUCCUUUUGUCAACCCCGGGCUUCUCUGGGACUUCCGUCUUCCCAAGGUCACAACCAUCAACGCCUCAGGACAUAAGUAUGGCCUCGUUUACCCCGGUGUUGGCUGGGUCGUCUGGCGCGAUCCCCAGUAUCUGCCCCAAGAACUUGUUUUCAACAUCAACUACCUAGGUGCCGAUCAAGCGUCCUUCACGCUCAACUUCUCGCGUGGUGCUUCGCAGAUUAUCGGACAAUACUACCAACUCAUCCGUCUAGGAAAGCGUGGUUACAGGAGGAUAAUGUUGAACCUGACGCGUACUGCUGACUACCUAGCUGCAAACCUCGAAUCCAUGGGCUUUGUCAUCAUGAGCCAACGCGGAGGAGAAGGACUUCCUCUUGUCGCAUGCCGCAUCGACGAGGAUCUCGGCAAGCAGUACGACGAGUUUGCCAUUGCGCACCAGCUUCGUGAACGUGGAUGGGUUGUGCCCGCCUACACAAUGGCUCCUCACUCGGAGCAGAUGAAGAUGUUGCGUGUCGUUGUUCGUGAGGACUUUACCAAAUCACGAUGCGACGCUUUGAUUGCAGACUUCAAGCUAGCACUGCAAACUCUUGACACACUCGAUGCCAAGAGAAUCCAAGAGCACAAGGAACACCAGUUCGCGAUGCGCCGCCGGUCGACGCUCGUCAGCCCCGUCUUUCAAAAGAAGGCAACGGAUCAUUUUGAAGAGAACCACAGUCUGCAGGCCAAGACCGGCAAGACGCAUGCGGUUUGCUAA